AUGGAAAAAGGUUCCUACUCACAGGAAUCAGCUCCACCAUACCCUGGCCCUCCUAUGGAAUAUGGCCAGCCAGCGAUGUAUGCUCCACCGGCCUAUUCCACUCAGUUAGGCUUCCCUGCUCAACCGGGUUAUCCCCCUCAACCAAGCUAUCCUGCUGCUCCUGCUGGACACCACGCAGUAACUCCUGUGCCAGUUUCAACUGUACUGUCAGAUGUUCCUGGACAAACUUUUUGUGUUCAUUGCCAGCAAACCGUCGUCACCCAUACAAAGAGAAGUGCAGGACUGCUGGCCUGGGUUAUCUGUGCAGGAUUGUGCUUGUUUGGGUGCUGGCUUUGCUGCAGUAUCCCAUUCUGCCUCGAUUCCUGUAACGAUGUAACGCAUCACUGUCCAAGAUGCCACCAUGUCCUCUACAUUUACAAACGGUUGUGA